AUGCCGGCGCGGGUUGGUGAAAACUGCGCAAGUGGUGCAGCGUCCAGUGCCUUUACCGCUGCCAACUCUGCUUUGGACUAUGAUGUGCUCAUCGUGGGCGCAGGCUUGAGUGGUAUCUACUCCCUGCACCGCAUGAGGGAACUAGGCCUGCGGGCUCGGGUGCUUGAAGCUGGGUCAGCCGAAGGCGGAACCUGGUUCUGGAAUCGCUAUCCUGGCGCCCGUUUCGACUCAGAGAGCUACUCCUACAUCUUCUCCUUCUCCCAGGAGGUCCUGGACGAAUGGGACUGGACAGAGCACUUUUCACCCCAGCCCGAGACUCUCAAGUAUAUCCAAUAUCUCACCAAAAAGUUUGAUUUGCACAAUGAUAUGCAAUUCGAUACCAGGAUCAAGAGCGCACACUUCCAGGCUGACAGCAACUCCUGGUUGUUGACCGACGAUACGGGCGCUACAUAUACUUCGCGGUACAUCAUAACUGCAAUGGGUAUUCUGAAUCAGCCAACUAUGCCGAACAUUCCCGGCGUUGACAGUUUCAAGGGUCAGUCGUGGCAUACGGCUCGCUGGCCAAGCGACGCGUCUGAGCUCAAGGGCAAGCGCGUCGGCAUCAUCGGAACCGGAGCCACCGCGAUCCAGACAAUCCAGGCGAUAGCAAACGACUUCGGGUCGCUUACGGUCUUCCAGCGGACGCCAAACUGGACCGCACCAUUGAGAAACACCAAGAUUGAUGCCGAGGAGAUGAAAGAAAUACGGCGUCGGUAUCCGGAAAUAUUCCGGCAGUGUCUCGAAUCUUAUUCGUGUUUCAUCCAUGUUGGGGACACAAAGACAACAUUCUCAAUGUCCGAAGAGGAGCGCAAUGCCCACUGGGAAGCCCUCUAUGCUCUACCUGGCUUCGCCAAAGUUCUGGGUAUCUCGGCUGAUAUCUACACUGACAAGGAUGCAAAUGCCCUGUACAGCGAGUUUCAUGCCAAGAAGAUUCGUGCCCGAGUCAAGGACCCCGUCGUGGCCGAGAAGCUGAUUCCGAAGAAUCACGGGUUUGGAACCCGGCGAGUGCCAUUAGAGAGCGGCUACUACGAAGUUUUCAAUCAGCCGAAUGUCAAACUUGUCGACAUCAAUGAAAACCCGAUCGAGAAAGUGUGCGACAGCGGUAUCCAAACGCGAGACGAACUGUUCGAGUUUGAUGUCCUGAUCUACGCGACCGGGUUCGACGCCGUGACCGGAUCUUUUGAUGCUGUUGAUUUUCAAGGGCUCAACGGGACAAAGCUUCGCGAUGUGUGGAAGGACGGCAUUCGCACGUUCCUCGGCCUCACUGUCAAAGACUUUCCCAACAUGUUCAUGAUUAUGGGCCCGCAUCAGAUGUUUGGCAACAUCCCGCGGAGUAUCGAGUAUGCUGUCGACUGGGUAGCGGCAUUCAUGAAUUAUGCCCGAGACAACAAUGUCCAAUUUGUCGAAGCAACGGAACAAGGCAUGGAGCUGUGGACAGAGCAUGUGCAUGAGUGUGGCAAGGGCCUCCUGGCCAAUGAAGUUGACUCGUGGAUGACGGGAGUCAACAAGAAUGUUGCUACAAAGCAAAAGCGUUCAAUGACGCGUUAUAACGGCCCUGCCCCGGGGUAUAGGAAACGCUGUGACGCAGUGAAGGAGAGGGAGUAUCAGGAUUUUAUAAUUAGAAAAGGGGCCACCAAUAUUUGA